AUGGAGAGCGGCAGCGCGUGCAGCGUCAGCGCCCACCAACAGCUCUGCUCGUUCAUGUCGCUCCCGGCAGACGACGAGAUGGCCCAACUGAUCCUCGAGGAGCUCUCGUUCUCCAGACGCGCGUUCGUAGGCGUUGCGGCCGCGAUCGCAAACUCGCCGUCGAGCGAGUCGGCCUCGAGGCUGAACUCGAUCUGCGAAGACGGAGAGGACGACGACGACGACGAGUAG